AUGGAGGACGAGAAGAAUAGCACACAGAAGAGCCUCGAAAUCCGCGAACAAUUCCUCUCUCUGGUCGACCAGACGCGACCGACUUUACUGGGUGAAGUGAGCAAUUCUUCGAGACUCUUUGAUCAAGCAUCGCCCUUUCGCAACCAUAAUGGUUCAUGGAUGAUCAAUGCGGAGGGCCUCAAUUCUACUUGCAAGGAAAUCACGAGCUGGAAGUUACGCCUGUUGCAGCAUCUAUAUGGACUCGAUCGAAAUGUUCAAGGACAACAGCGCUACUUGCCUUACUUGAACAACGACCAGGAAUCCGAGGAGCAGAGUUUCAGAGAAGAAUUGAGUGGCACAGAAACGCUGCUCAAUUUUUGCAAGCGGAUCGAAGAAGAAGAAGCAAAUCGACCACGAACCCACUAUUUUGAAGAUGUCACCACUGGUGAUAAUAGCCGACAAAGCAAAUUUCUCGAGCCUUAG